AUGCCGAUCCGUCUGACGAGAGAAAAUCGACGAACGGCGAUCCGCGCCGGAUCGCUUGACGGCACCCGGUGCCGGCUUUUAUUACUGUCACUCGGCGCCGUCCCGUCCACCGCCGUCGCGCGCUGGCCGGCCGUCAUGGUGAAGAAGGACGUGGAUAAACACGCGGGGAAGUCCUCGGAGCACGCGCCGCUGGUCCCCAUCCCCGGGCUCUCCACCGCGGAGGCGCGGAAGCGGCGGUUAGAGGAGGACGCCGGGAGCACGGAGGAGCGAAAGAGGCGCGCGCAGGUCGCGAACUGCGACGCGCAGCGUCGAUGUCGCGAGCGCAAGCGCGAGCACGUGAAACAGCUCGAGGACGAGAACGCGCGGCUGAGGGAGACGAACGCGCUGUUGGAGACGCAGCUGCGCGAGUGCGAGCGAAGGCUGCGAGAGCUCGAGGGCGGCGCGCCGCGAACGAACGCGGCGUCGGGGAGCGCAUCGCGGCCGAUUAAAAAGCGCUGA